AUGGAUUUUAACAAGAAUUCACUACUAAAUGAAUUGAAUGAAGAUGUAGAAAAUUUGUCAAUAAAAAGUAAGACAUCUCCAAAGCUUACUAUGAGAAAAAUGUAAAGCUUAAUAAGGGAUUAUCGUUUGAUUGAUUCUUCGACAGGAAUAAUUACAAUGAGUAUUGUAAAUUUAUUAAAUAUAUAAAACGCUGAUAACAUUUUAGAAUGUGGAUGUGGUUAAGAAUACUCGCUGCCAUAUAUUUGUGGAGUUAAGAAACCAUCUUCAAAUUUGUAUUUGACUGAUUUUUAGGAAGUAAAAUUGAGAAAAAUAAAGCAAAAAGUUUAAUUAUUAGAAGAUCAUCCUUUAUGUUAAGAUAUAUAUGAUCAUAGAUUAGUACCUGAUGUUGAGUUCUAAUAAAAGUAUGAAAGCAAAAAGCUAAAUAUAGUUGUUGAGCUUGCUGAUGCAACUUAAUUGAACUAUCCUUCAAAUAUGUUUGACUCUUAUUAUGGUGGCCUUUUACUAGAUGAGGUCUAAGAACCCUAACGUAUAGUUGUUGAAGCUUAUCGAGUAUUAAAAAAGGGAGGACGAGCUGGAUUUACUGUUUUUUCUGAAAAAGACGAAAAAGAAUAUGAAGUUUAUAAAAUUAUUGAUAAUGCUUACCUUUAGAUUUUACAAGAAUAAGAAGAUAGUAUCAAUUAAGAUGAAAUAUAGAUGAAAAAAACAAGAAAAGCAAGCAGUUAUACCUAUGAAGAAUUGGAUUCUUUUUAUCUAGAAAUCUAUCAAAUUGGAUCUAGAGCUAAAAUACAGAAAUAUCUUCAAUUAGCUAAUUUCUAAAAUAUCCUUAUAUGGGAAAGCUUUGUACCUGUAUAAUGCUACGAUGCUAAUCAUUUCAACGAAUGCUUUGAAGUUUUUGCUUAAGAUUAGAACUGGGAUCCAAAUUUAAAGUAAAAGGUUUUUGAAUUGAGUAAAUGUAAAUACUUUGAAAAAAUGUAAGAAACUAAUAAGCCUUUUGGAUUUACAGUUAUUUGUGCAGUAGCUCAAAAAUUAUGA